ACAGAGUCACAGAAUGCUGAGCAGUCAACAGCAUUUCUUGCUCCAAGAUCACCCUUCUGACUACCUCUCUGGCUGCCAAAUUGCCAGCACCUUCAUAGCUUGAUAGCUUCAGGGCCUUCAUAGUUUCUCAGCUCCAAGCAUUAGGUAAACCCAACACGCUGGGAUUGCACUGGUCCUACAAUGGCUUUUGACUGCAGCUGCUUCUUUUUGGUGGUGCUGUUUUCUGCCAGCUGUAAAGUCAUCACCUCCUUGGAUCAGAUGUGCAUUGAGAAAGAAGCCAACAAAACAUAUAACUGUGAAAAUUUAGGUCUCAGUGAAAUCCCUGAUGCUCUACCAAACACGACAGAAUUUCUGGAAUUUGGCUUUAAUUUUUUACCUACACUUCAUAAUAGAACCUUCAAGAGACUCAUGAAUCUUACCUUUUUGGAUUUAACUAGGUGCCAGAUUAACUGGAUACAUGAAGACACUUUUCAAAGCCAUCAUCAAUUGAGCACACUUGUGUUAACUGGAAAUCCUUUGAUAUUCAUGGCAGAAACGUCACUUAAUGGCCCCAAGUCACUGAAGCAUCUUUUCUUAAUCCAAACGGGAAUAUCCAAUCUCGAGUUUAUUCCAGUGCACAAUCUGGAAAACUUGGAAAGCUUGUAUCUUGGAAGCAACCAUAUUUCCUCCAUUAAGCUCCCCAAAGACUUCCCAGCACGGAAUCUGAAAGUACUGGAUUUUCAGAAUAAUGCUAUACAGUACCUCUCUAGAGAAGACAUGCGGUCUCUGGAGCAGGCCACCAACUUAAGUCUGAACUUCAAUGGCAAUGAUGUUAAAGGUAUUGAGCUUGGAGCUUUUAAUUCAACAGUCUUCCAAAGUUUGAACUUUGGAGGAACUUCAGAUUUGUCUGUUAUAUUCAAUGGUCUGCAGAACUCUACUACUCAGUCCCUCUGGCUGGGAGUGUUUGAUGACACUGAUGACAAAGAUAUUAGUUCAGCCAUGCUCAAAGGACUCUGUGAAAUGUCUGUUGAGAGCCUCAACCUGCAGAAACACCAUUUCUCUGACUUCUCAUCCACCACAUUUCAGUGCUUCACCCAAAUCCAGGAACUGGAUCUGACAGCAACUCACUUGGCAGGGUUACCCUCUGGGAUUAAGGGUCUAAACUUGCUCAAGAAAUUAGUUCUCAGUGUAAACCAUUUUGACCAAUUGUGUCAAAUCAAUGCUGCCAAUUUCCCCUCCCUUAUACACCUCCACAUCAGAGGCAACGUGAGGAAACUUAACCUCGGUGUUGGCUGUUUGGAGAAACUAGGAAACCUUCAGACACUUGAUUUAAGCCAUAAUGACAUAGAGGCUUCUGACUGCUGCAGUCUACAACUCAGAAACCUGUCCCACUUGCAAACCUUGAACCUGAGCUACAAUGAGCCUCUUGGUCUCCAGAGUCAGGCAUUCAAGGAAUGUCCUCAGCUGGAACUCCUGGAUUUGGCAUUUACCCGCUUACACAUUAAUGGUCCACAAAGUCCCUUCCAAAACCUUCAUUUCCUGCAGGUUCUGAAUCUCACCUACUGCUUCCUUGAUACCAGCAAUCAGCAUCUUCUAGCAGGCCUACCAGCUCUCCGGCAUCUCAGCUUAAAAGGGAAUCACUUUCAAGAUGGGACUAUCGUGAAGACCAACCUGCUUCAGAGUGUGGGCAGCUUGGAGAUUCUGAUUUUAUCCUCCUGUGAUCUCCUCUCCAUAGACCGGCAAGCAUUCUACAGCCUGGAAAAUAUAAGCCAUGUAGACUUAAGCCACAACAGCCUGACAUGCGACAGCAUUGAUUCUCUUGGCCAUCUUAAGGGAAUCUACCUCAAUCUGGCUGCCAACAGCAUUAACGUCAUCUCAUCCCAUCUCCUCCCCAUCUUGUCCCAGCAGAGCACCAUUAACUUGAGUCACAAUCCCCUGGACUGCACUUGCUCAAAUAUUCAUUUCUUAACGUGGUACAAAGAAAACCUGCACAAACUUGAAGGCUCAGAGGAGACCAUGUGCGCAAACCCGCCGCCUCUAAGGGGAGUUAAGCUAUCUGACGUCAAGCUGUCCUGUGGGAUUACAGUCGUGGGCGUUUUCUUUCUCACAGUAUUUUUAUUAUUGUUCACUAUUCUGCUCUUUUUUGCAGUUAAAUGCCUUCUCAGGUGGAAAUACCAACACAUUUAGUGCUGAAGGUUUUCAGAGAAAGCAAAUAAACGUGCUUAGCAAAAUUGCUGUAAGUGAAGGAACUGUCAUCUGCUGGUGACCAGAUCAGACUUUUCCGGUUGGUUCCUGGAGCUGCGUAGGGACUCACUGUGCCUUUCUGAACUUCUUGUUCCUGUGAGUCCCAGAGCUAACAAACCUUUAGGCAAGGACACCGACUCAGGCGAGAGGUCCAGACGCUGCUGUGAGAGGCACAGAGCCCUUUCCACAUGUGGGAGGUGGGAGGAAGCAGAGGGAGGGGCUGGGCAAGAACUGCCAGCUGGGAGUCACCCACGGGGAGGCUGUCACCCUUCUACUCACCGACAUCCCUCCCAGCACCCCACACCCUGCCCCUGAAAGGAGAUCAUCAGCCCCCACAAUUUGGCAGAGUGGAAGCCAGCCCUGCUACCCCCCCACCCCACCCCCGCCUAUAGCAUUGUGCUUGGGUCUGAGUUCUCAGUAAUGUAGCCAUUUGGGAAACUUAGCUGGAGACAAAGUCUUCAUGCUUAUUUUAAAUAAAAAAAGAAAAACACAAUAAAUUUAAAAGAAAAGACAGAAAUGAAACUUGGUAUCAAAUAGACUCCAUUCAUCUUCUUAAUCCUUAGGUCUGUAGGUCUCUAUAAUGCCCCUAGGGUGUGAAUGGCUAUAUAAAAAAAGAACCCAUCCCAAGGUUUAGAAUUUCUGCCACAGUUGCCUCACUCAGUUCAGAAAAUAGGCAGAGAUAAGCUCUCUCUGCCUAUCUGGUGUUCUGGCUCUUACCUUACAGAUCCUAACUUGCAGGUGGGCUGUGAUCCAAAACGCGCUUCUCAUUCAGCCGUUCAGUUCUUAGAAGAUGCUUUCCCAGCAGAACUGUGAGAUAAAUGGUGGUUUGGUUCUCAGGCUGGCCCUUAAAAGCCUGUUUGCUUCAGAGAACAUUUGAAAUAGCACAUUUACAUGAAAACUAGGAAGAAGACAUCCCUGCAUGCUAGCUGUUGGGAACACAGUAAAGCUGGCUUAGUGAGAAGUGGUUUCUGUUGAGGCUGGGGAUGUCAGCAAAGGUCACACCAGCAAUGUACAGGGACCUGGACCAUUGAAUGAAGAGAGGCAAAGAGCAAUGUCAUGACUUAGGCCUAAAGGGCCAUAUCGCACAGGCUUCUAUCCUCUGAAGUCUUCACUGCCAGACAAGCUGUGCCGGAGUUCCCGGACUCAAGGGGUGCAUUGAUAAGGCCUGGAUUCUGAUCCAUACCCAAUUUUAUGGUAGCAAUAGAGAUGGUAACUUAUAGUUAUGAAAUUCUGAUAGACUAUCAAAGUAAAAAUUGAUCAAACCAACCAGAAUAUAUUUGCCCUUAGGUUGAGGGCAUACUAGUGGGACAUCAGAACAGAGUGGAAACUCGGAGGUCAUCCUCUUUGUCUCUUCACCCCCAGGAAAAGCAAGACAGGCAGGGAACAGGAGUGGGUGAAGCUUUUCCCUGCUCAGGGAUUUUCGGCCUUGGAAUUUGCUUUUUCCUUUGCCUGGAAGAUGCUGCUACUGGCCUCCAAAUGGCUCGUGCCCUCAUCUCCUUCAGAUUUCAGUGCUCAUAUUUUCUUCUCUCAGAGAGCGCUUCUCUGACCUAGGUAAUCCAAAGCAACCUCUAUGCAUCACCCAAUUCACUCUCAUAGCACUGGGUUUUAUCAUUUUUAUAAUGCUUACCAGUGUUUGGAAUUACCUUCUUCAUUUGUUUUAAUUAAUCUGUCUUGUCUCUCCCAAACACAAGCUCCAUGAGAGGGUCUUUGCCCAAGGAUAUCCUAGAACAUGCCUGGAACAUAGUAAGGACUCAAAAUAUUUUUAGUAUGUCUUAAUCCCUGAGCCUUGAUGGCUUCUAGUUCUGCCACCAUGCCCAUCCUCCUGACUCUUGCUCCUGACAUCUCCACUGUUUCCUGGGCCUCCCACAUGUUUUUCACUGGAAUAUUUUAGGAAAGUCUGUACAAAGCAGAUUCCCAGGCCUCACCCUCAGAUACUGAGAUUCUGUUGGACUGAGGUUGGCUCUGGAUCCCCAGCCAAAUGAUUCCGUGUAAAACCCCUCCCUAGUCUUAGUUAUAAACGUAUUCCCCCUGCUUUUCCCAUCUUAGAGUGUGGAAGGUCCACACUCUAAGAAUCCAGUCUUAGCACCAACCCAUUGAGUUCCUGCAUAUUCCGUCAGAUGUAAGCUCUUUCUUGCCUUAGGGAUUUAAACUGCAGAUGGAAUAUAUUAAUUACUGAUUUAUCGACCCAUAGACGUAGUGCCCUCCAUAAUAUUUAAUAUGUAACUUGGAAAAACAAGACAAUGAAAGAGGCCCAAGCCUUAGCAAAGCAUAAUGGUCCAUCCUGCUUUCCCUUCUCAGGCCCACUCCCUUCUGUGUGAUGCAGCUUGCUGCUCCAGAACUGAUCUAAGGCUUUGUGACAGCUCCUCUGUUUUAACCAACAGUAAAUUCACCCCACAAAGUCAGAAAGGGAGCUUUUUGAUGGCUGCUGUCAAUUUUAUUGCCUUAUCCUGUUUACUAGGAUAGAAUCCGUAACAUGGUGUGUUUAUUGGUUUUAUGUAUUGCAUGUUGUUGCUGCUCUGACAAGCUACUCCUAUAAAAAUGUGUUAUUAUUGCAUGAUGUAGCUCAGUGAGCUGACCCUGCAUUUCAACGGGUACUGAAACAAAUAUCAUUGAAGUUCAUAAAAGCUGACUGCCUCCAUCACAGAGGACUCUCUGCAUGAGCUGCAACUCCUACAAUCUGGGAGAGAAUUACAUCUUACCCUGUGCCAGCAGCCACUAACCGAGAACAGCACAGCCCUGAACCCAGGCAUUAUCUACAAAAUUCCAAGACAGAAAACCGUCAUUGCAUUCUUAUUUGUCCAACUAUCAGUGUCAUUUGCAAUUUUGAUACCUACAAAAUAAUGAAACAA